AUGGAAAGCUCCACUGCUGAUGGAAAGAAGAAGCGUCAGCAGCACGAAGAAAACACCUUUAUGGCCACCACGGAGAGCGGGACGCUGAAAGUGAAGAUCCGACGCCACGAUCAACCGUCUGCAGACGAUACAGCGAGUGUCGCGUCCAUGUCUUCGUUCCUGUUCUCCAAGUCUGCUGGGAAGAGGAAGCGGAAUAGUCGACGGGCUGCUGUACAGCCACAAUCGAUGGCCAGCUCGCCGCCUAAGCCAAGACCAAACCGAAAACAUGUGCCCAUUUUCUACGAGCCGCAGUUUCGCCAGCCUAUUCAGCGCAGGGACGGACAACAUAGCUCCAAGAACGAGAUCAUGGACCAUUCGACCCUGUCUACGAAUACACCAGACAUGCGCUCGAGCUCAGCAGCUGAGGCACCUGCUGCUCAUGAAGCGACUUUGGGUGCGUCGUCAUUACCUUUACAUAUUUCGGACGUGAGACUUCGGGCAGCUAGUACGAAUGAAGCGGGUUGUGACCCUCCGCUAAGAACGAGUUCGUUGUUCAUCCGUAAUGACACCGAUGGAUUGAGAAGACUUGGUGACUUCCAAGUAUCUUGUCCAGAUUCAAGUUCACUUUGCUCAACUCCAUCGUCAAGAAGACUGCGAACAGUUGAAAUGGCUUCAUCGACAAAAUCGCAGGAGGAUCCGAACGCCGGGCGAGCAUCUGUGCUACACCAUACAUCUCUGCCGUCUACCCAGUAUCCGCCGGCGCUACACGAAGCAACCGCGAGUACACAAGUGCAGCUCCCAACAACGUCUUCCGCCGACGAUUGUAUUGCCAUCGCCACAAUGUCGGAUUCUAGCACCAAUACGCUGCCAUGGUCAUCGGAAAGGACCGAUCGCAGGAUGAACGAAAGACUGGAGGACUCGCGGAUAGCCCUGCUUUUGGCUUCACAGAAUGGAAAUGGUCAUGCCCCCUAUGCGUUGUCGGCAAGGUUAACACCCAAUGAGCAUAGCGACAAGCAUCGUGAGAUGUGCGGUCCCAACAAUAGCACCUUGCGCUUCGGAUGCAGCAGUGCAACACACCGCACUGGAAACAUAUCGAUGGUGACAGAUUCAGGGCUGUUAUCGAGAUGUCCUCCGCCACUUUCUGUACCGGACUUGCUUUUGGAAGGCGGAGCUGAGUUCCCCGCGCUCCCUUUCAAGAUUGACAGUAACAAAGACACUUCGACUCGCGAUUGUACGGACGACUGCGCCAAAGAUACAUCGAUUCCCCUCGGGUCUCCACCGGAUGAUCCACCAGCUUUUCUGUCCCACAACUCACUCACGGGCGGCGGCAUUCCACUAUCAAACCUUUUAGCAACACGUUCGAGCCCGGAUAGACCAGAAUCGUUCUCGAGCUUAACCAAUGAGACGAACAAGACUAUCAGAGACCUGGACAGUGUACUGGCGCCGCAGUCAAAGACAGGUAUUGGUCCGGACAGGCUGGUCCCAAUCACAAUUGUGUGUAGCGAGUUUAGCGACCCUCGGGAAGGCAUGACUGUGGCGGUACCUCACAUUACGACGGCAGGCUCCAAUUCGAGUUCCUCUUCUUCCGAUGCUACCAACAAUACGGAGAGUAGCAGCUGCAACGCGACAAGUAGUUUAGGCUCACCACCUCGCGGCCCGCCAGCUUUUACGAUUGGAAACUCGCUAAUGGGGGGUGGCAUAGAACUGCAGCCUGCAGCCUCAAACGUCAACACACACAACUUCGAUUGGAAGCUACACAAAGCUGUAUCAAAUAUCGGUGACGCCAGCAGAUUAACCAGCCAUAGAUGA